GAAUGCAUUGAAUGAACACAAAAGUGAGUGAAUGUCGUAAUCAUUGAAUUGUUUACUAAUUGUUAUCAAAUGUUUUACUUAUUAUUUAUUUAAAUUGAUUUGUAUUUAAUUGUCAUUUAAAUUCACUAUUUAUUGAUUAAAUACAUGAAUGAACUCAUCGUUAAUACUAUUGAUUAGUACUUGUAUUGACAUAAAUAUUAUUAAUAGUCGUAUAGUUAUAGCAAUUAGUUGUCAAUCAAUUGAAUAGAUUAGGGAUUAAGUGUCUGAAGAGUGUGAAGAGAUGGACAUCGAUGACGGUCUGGACGACGAUAUCAUCUAUAAUAACAUCUCUGACUCCGGCAAUGAGUCGACCGACGAGGAAGACGACGGCCUAUCCGUGGCCUUAGAUGUGGAGCCAAUCGGUUGCCAUCACAAGGAAAGGAUGGACAUCGACGACGACUUCCCAUACGAAGUGCUCACCACUGAAUCCAUUGUCGAGCAUAUGAUUGACUCCAUCAGAGACGUCAAUACUGUCGUUCAGCUUCCGCCAACGAUUACAAGAAUUCUUUUGAAUCACUUUAAGUGGGAUAAAGAGAAACUCUACGAAAGGUAUUACGACGGCGACCAAAACGAGUUGUUCACAACCGCUCAUAUCGUUAAUCCAAACUCAGACUUGAAUACAAGCAAACAAAUUAAGAAAAACAGUCACAACGGAAUGGAAACCUGUAUUAUCUGUUGUCGAGAUCUGCCCUCAUCUUUGAUGACAGGCUUGGCGUGCGGUCACCGCUUCUGCAAAGAGUGUUGGGUUAAUUACUUGACCACAAAGAUCAUAGAAGAAGGUCAGGGACAGAAGAUCUCGUGCGCCGCACAUCAGUGCGAUAUAUUAGUUGACGACUUGACAGUUAUCACACUUAUAACUGAGCCUAAAGUGAAACUUCGUUAUCAGCACCUCAUCACCAAUAGCUUUGUUGAGUGCAAUCGACUGUUGCGUUGGUGUCCAAAGCCCGAGUGCUCUCAUGUGAUACGAGUUUCAUACGUGGACUUCCAACCCGUCACUUGUGUUUGCGCCACUGUUUUCUGUUUUCUAUGUGGCGAGGGUUGGCACCAACCGGUGAAGUGUGAUCUCCUCAGGAAGUGGAAGAAGAAGUGCGACGACGACAGCGAGACAUCCAAUUGGAUCGCAGCCAACACUAAAGAGUGUCCCAAAUGUCAAGUGACCAUUGAGAAGGACGGCGGCUGUAAUCAUAUGGUUUGUAAGAACCAGACGUGUAAAGCGGACUUCUGUUGGGUGUGUUUGGGUCCGUGGGAACCGCACGGCUCGUCCUGGUAUAGCUGUAAUCGAUACGAUGAGGACGAGGCGAAGGCGGCCAGAGAUGCUCAGGAGAGGUCUCGUGCAGCGCUUCAACGCUAUCUGUUUUACUGUAAUCGAUACAUGAAUCACAUGCAAAGUCUUAAGUUUGAGAACAAGUUGUACGCGUCUAUAAAGGAGAAGAUGGAAGAGAUGCAACAGCACAACAUGUCUUGGAUUGAAGUCCAGUUCCUUAAGAAAGCGGUGGACGUGUUGUGUCAGUGCCGCCAGACUCUGAUGUAUACCUAUGUCUUUGCCUAUUAUCUCCUGAAGACCAACCAAUCGAUCAUUUUUGAAGACAAUCAACGAGAUCUCGAGAGCGCCACCGAAAAGCUCUCCGAAUAUUUAGAACGAGAUAUAACUCAUGAAAACUUGUCGGACAUUAAGCAGAAGGUUCAGGACAAGUAUAGGUAUUGCGAGAGUAGACGAAAAGUGCUGUUACAACACGUUCAGGAAGGCUAUGACAAAGACUGGUGGGAAUACACCGUCAAAGUAGACAAUAGACAAUAGAGUUUAAGUCAACAACUGUUAUAUUCGUCGAUAUAAAUACCGUUUCUCUAUUGAAACUAUAUUUAAAAUAAAUUUAUUUGCAAUCCAUUCGAUAAUUCGUUAAUAAUAACACAUUUGAUAAAAACAAUUAUAAAUGAAAUGUAAUUAUGUAUUAAUUAUAUAAUUGAGAUUUGAUUGCAAUUUGCAACUGAUGUCCAACUAUUUUAGAUUAACUAAAUGUUAACAUUUAAAUGAACGACAGUUUGCAAUAAAUAUUGUAAUUUAUGAUAAAUUCAAUUAAAACUAUUUUAUACAAGUAUUCAAAGAUUGUAUAAAUGCCAACAACUAUUUGCCCCUCUUUUUAGUAUCGGU